GAACAAAAAUCAAAAAUGUUUUGAUUUGUUUUGGAUCACUUUUGGAUUUGAAUAUGGAUGAAAAUAUCAAUUACAAAGAAAAUUGGACAUUAAUCAAGAGAGUUUUUCCUAUUUUAGAUGAUGAUUGUCCGCUUCAUCAAUUGGAAGAUAGACUGUUUCUCAAGGAAGAAUUUUAUGAGGCAGUCCAGUUUAUAAAAAAAAUGAACUUGGUGCACCAAAUUCAAAAAUUUAUUAUUAGGAAAAUUGAAAAGAGGUUGAGAGACAUAGUUGCUCCAGAAUUUUGGUCGUAUUUCAGUAAUAAUGAACAGGAUAAUAAAGGAUUUCAACAGUUUUACAAUGCAGUGGAAUGUUUAUAUGAUUCUUAUAAGCAACUGGAACACUCAAUGAGAAAACUAGACAUAUUUCGGCAAGCAACAGAACUUGAAGAGUUGGUGAAUAGUGAAAAAUGUUUGAAUAAAGCACUCAAACUGAUUUUCAAGGCUACUUUACUAUCUCAAUUGAAUUUAGAUUACCAAACUACAGUUAUGAGCUUUUAUGAGUCAGCUCUUAGAAUGGAGGACCUAGAUGAAGGAUAUAAUGGACAGUGUAUUAUAUGUUCCCAGGAAAGCUUGCAUUGCAACUGUAUGAACUUGUUCAAAGAAACAAAUCGUAAAUUAGGUGAAAUGACAUUAUUGGAACCACUUGUUGGACAAACUUUAACUAAUCUGAUAUAUGGCUAUAUACACUCACACAUACAAAAGAUCUGCAAGGAUAGUUUUGAUUCUUCUUUUGUAUCUACUUUAGAAAAGUGGUUGCAAAGUGUUGUAUUGAAUUGGCUACGUGACAUUUAUUGCUUUGAUUCAUCAACUUCCAUCAGUGAUUCUAUGGGUAUGUUUGAGAAGAAGCUGGUGAAUUUUUUGUACAACAGUUACACUAAAACCAGAAUAGAUCAAUUAUUCAAUAUAAUAAUUGAAUACCCAGAAUCUCUACCAGCCUUGGAAGAUUUAAGACUAUGCCUUCCUAGAACAGAUCUGAAACCAAUGUUGACGAAAAAGUUACAAAAGGCUAUGGAAACUAGAUUAUUACAUCCUGGAGUGAGCACUCCUGAUGUGCUCACUGCAUACAUAGCUGCUAUAAGAUCCUUGAGAGUAUUGGAUCCUACUGGCUUACUUCUGGAAGUAGUCACUCAACCUGUUCACCAAUAUCUAAGGAGUAGAGAAGACACAGUAAGGUGCGUAGUUAGUAGUUUGACUGAAGAAGGCCCUAAUGAUCUGGCUGAAGAGCUGGUUAGAGGAGAGGCUGUUCAAGUGGACGAAAAUACCCCUGUCGAUGAAGACACCGAGAAUUGGGAAACUUGGGUUCCAGAUCCAAUAGAUGCAGUUCCAAGUACACAGGGUAAAUCUUCGGUAUCACGUAGAACCUCAGACAUAAUUUCCAUGUUGGUCAAUGUCUAUGGAAGCAAAGAAUUGUUCGUUAAUGAAUACAGAACUCUCUUAGCUGAUCGACUUUUGACGCAAUAUUUGUGUGAUACGGAGAAGGAAAUUCGUUAUUUAGAGUUGCUCAAGUUACGUUUUGGCGAUUCUCAGUUACAUUACUGCGAGGUUAUGCUGAAAGAUAUCGCCGAUUCCAAAAGAAUCAACCAGCAUAUAAAACAAGAUCCGGAAUAUACCGAGAGCGAUAUUCCUAUAUCGGCCAUGAUUGUCUCUGCACAAUUUUGGCCGCCAUUCAAAGAGGAGAAAUUGGAAUUGCAUGCCAAAUUGCAAAGCCAGAUCGCGAGUUAUGUGAAGGGUUUCGAAACUCUGAAGGGUAGCAGAACGUUGUGCUGGAAGAACCAUUUGGGAUUCGUCGAUAUAGAAUUGGAGAUGGCUGAUAGAACGUUGAAUUUAUCUGUUUCGCCUGUUCAUGCCACCAUCAUCAUGUAUUUUCAAGAUAAAAGUACGUGGGAAUUGGAGGAACUGAGUAAAGUAAUGCAAUGUCCACCCACGGUUCUGAGACGAAAAAUCGGAUUCUGGCAGUCUCACGGCAUUAUAGUUGAAACCGGGCAAGACGUAUUCUGCAUUCAAGAGGAUCUCGAAAACAAAGAUAACAAUUUACAGGAAGACUUGUUCGUUGAAGAUUACGAGUCAGAGUCGGCUAUGGCUAGUGCGCAAGAUCAACGAGAAGAAGAACUACAGACUUUCUGGUCAUAUAUUGUGGGAAUGUUGAUGAACUUGGAUACCCUUCCUUUGGAGAGGAUACACCAAAUGCUGAAAAUGUUUGCAUUUCAAGGACCAACCAUUGAAUGCAACCUUCAAGAAUUGAAGGUAUUUUUAGACAGAAAAGUGAGAGAACACCAUUUGAUUUAUUCAAAUGGUUAUUAUAAACUUCCAAAGUAAAUUAAUUCGACUUUUGGAAAUUAUUUUUGUCAUAGAUGAGAUGCUU